CUUUCCCGCUCCUCUCUCCCCCCUCUCCCAUCUCUUCUCCAUCUCCUUCUGCUUCCCUCCCGCUCUCCGCCUCGGUGUCUGCGCUUUCCCAGUUGCUGAGCUCACUUCCUGUCGCUCGGACCGAGAAAGCGCCGGUUCCGCCGGCUGACACCACAGCGUUAUCGCCAAGCAGAGUUCAUGAUAUCAUCGCAGAGCCAGUACACGGGAUUCGGGAUGGGCUUCGGUACCUUGUCACUGAGCACUGGCGGGCUGCCUGCCUUCAAGUUCCGUUCAAGACACGAAAGCAUAGACUGGAGGCGGUUCAGUGCUCUCGACGUGGAGCGAGUGGCCAGAGAACUGGAUGUUUCCACCCUCCAGGAGAACAUCAUGAGCGUGACCUUCUGUAACUUGGACUCUGAGAGGUGUCCCUGUUGCCAGAACUUGGUUGACCCAGUUUUAUUGAAGGUAUUCAAGCUAGCCCAACUUAAUACAGAGUACCUCCUUCACUCCCAGGAAUUCUUCACAAGCAACAUACAGGCACUGGAGGAGCAGCUGCAGUUGGCUUUGGAAGAGCUGGAGAACAGCAGGCAGGAAAUAGUUAAGAAGACGGAGGAGCUGAAGGCAGCGAAAGAGGAGAGCCGACGCCGCAAGAAGAUGAUCGCAACUCUUCAGCUGCUCGUACAGGCAGGAGCCAAUAACUAUCAUAAGUGUCAACUCUGCGACAAGGCAUUUGUGAACUAUUCCUUUCUUCAAGGACAUGUCGAGCGGCGCCACCCAGAGAUCACGCAGGCUGAGAGAAAGACGAAGCAACAGACCGAACAGAUCGUGGAUGAGAUCGAGGAGCUCAGGGAACGGCUGCGCAUCAGCCAGUCACAGCUGGAAGUCGAACGCGAGGCUGAUUCCCUCAGACGAGGCCAGGAAUUGGAAAAUACCCGCAGGAGAGAGGAAGAACUGAGGAAGGAAUUUGAAACUUGGAAAGAGGAAGAAAGGAAAAAGAUCUUUCGAGAAAUGGAGAGUCUGCGACAGCAACUUCUAACGGAGUUCCAGGAUAUGGCAUCAAAGAACUUGUCUAUUGAAGCUAAACUGCAGGAGAUUCAAUCAAGAAGUCCAGUUAUUUCCAAAGUGGAGACAUUUCAUGAGAAGGAUCAAACAGAAGAACUGAGAAACUUGAGGGAGAAAUUUGAGAAAUUGAAAAAGGAAUCCAAAAAAAAGCUUAAAGAACUUCAAGCUGAGCAUGUGACUGAACAGGAAGAGAUGAGGACUGAGAAUGAGAGGCUGAGGUCUACUUUAUCAGCAGACCAGCGGACAACGGCAGAGUACUUCCAGAAGCAAAUCAAUACACUCUCUGCAAAGGUCAAAGAGCAGAGUGCGGUCAUCUUGUCUCAGGAGAAUCAGAUCAAGGAUCUUUCCUCUCGACCUAUUCAAGCUGCUGCCAUGAGCCAAGAUUCAGAAUCUGAGAAAGAUGACGAUCUGGAGAGCACAUUAGACCGCAAACAGCAGCUUCUAGAUACCCUGAGACAGAAUCCAAAGUUCAUCAAACAGUUUCGCCCCAUCCUGGAAGAGUCGUUGGAGGAGAAGUUGGAGAACAUGGGUCUUAAAAAGGGUUCGAAGGGAAUCUCAGCCCAAACCAUGAAGAGUAUGAGCUUGACGGUGGGGAAACAGCGCGAGAGCAAGGCCAAGCACUUCCACGAGUUCACCAGCCUCCGCAAGCGCUUUGCAAAGAUUGCCAUUGAGAAGGUUAAAGAGAAGCAAUGCAGUGAGGGUUACAUCUCCCCUCCCCCUCGAUCAGUUACAGCACGGAGGCGCACCAGCUCAUCACCGAAAGCAGCAGCUAACAGCAAGCGCCCUCGGGCUGUCCUAUCAAAACCAUCUCGAGUGAUUGACUCAAAGUUCCACCAGACCGAAGUAUCCAAACCUGCUGCACAGCACAGAGCUGCCAGUCCUUCCCAUUCAGCUGCACUCAGUGCCAGCACACCUCCGUUCUCUUCUGACGACGACUCCAUCGUGGACAGUGCCUAUGUCACCAGCGUGGGCGUCAAGGACGCACCGAAGGUCAGCAUCAUCCAGUCCAAGCAGAAGCAGAGCCAGGCCACCAUGAGCGACGAUGAUGACUGGUCAGACACGGACAUCUCAACAGGGGUGCUGAGUCCACCUGCAGCCUCCACGGUCCGCAGCCCGCCAGGGACUAUGGUUCAAAGCAUGGCUAGGACUUUAGAGAAACAGCUGAGUUCUUCAGCGAAGAAACCCACGGGGGGUGUUAAACUCCUUCCUGCACCUCAAGCUGCCCUUCGAACCUCACCAAAGAACAGCACCGUGGUGAAGAAAUUGCAGUUGUCGGACGAUGAGGAGAGUGAGCUCGACAUCUCAUCCAUUGAGGAUGUGUCGGAAGAGUUUGCCCCCAAAGUAAGGACUUCGAAGCCUGUGCCUGUGCCGAGGCAAAGUACCGAACCAUCUUUCUCUCAGGGAACCAGUGUCUGGAGCUCGUUGGCCAGCAGAGGGGCAGGGCAGAAGGAGGCCAUCAUGAGUACUUCACUGAAAAGCAGCAGUUUUGCCACCGUGACGGACAUCAGUGACUCCGAACUGAACUUUCCCUGACCACUGGCGAGAAUCGCUUCAGUCGAGAGAACCGUUCCUCUUCAGACUCGUUCCCUCAGCUCUCGUCCCCUCGAACCCAGUAGAUGUGGUGGGUCUCAUGAAAAGGCACCUCCUUGUGGACCUGCCUGUUAACUUGAAUUGCCUGUUUGUCAGCUCUGGUGGAGUAACAUCCUGGAGACUUCAUGAGAUGAGCUGCCACCUUCUUCCCCACACUCCCACCACUGACCCGCUGGGUACCUGCCCCUCACUGCCUUCCUCUGUGAUAGGAAAGCAAAUGGACUUCACUGCUCAAGUGACUGAUUUGAUUGA